AUGAAACCUCUAACUGAGCCAAGAGUAUCAGUGCCCGAAGACCCUGCGAUUGCUCAAUUGAGUUUCUUUAGAAAGGUCAAAUUUACAUGGGUGGGCAAAAAUUGCCUCCUUGGCGUCGACAACCAAGGAAAAUAUGGUAUCUGUUGGGCUUAUGCUUCGACCGAAGCAAUUACAGCCGCUUAUAUAUGCUAUCUUGAAGGGGGAGGUGAUCCCACUUUCAAAGCAGCAGUUGGUCGAUUAUUCCAAAAAGGGAAGUUCAUUAAGAUUAAGAGGUUUGACGUUGUGUGGAAAAAGCAUAAUGGCUUAGGAAUAAAUAACAUGAAAAGGAUUGAAAAAGCCAUCGAACAACAACCACUCACAUGUACAAUACCGUACACGCGGAGUGGGAAGAAAGUAUACAUGGGCCUUACCGAGAAAGAGAAAAAGAUCGCGGCAAGAGAGACUCAACCAAAAUUGCAUGCCAUCCUAAUCGUUGGAUACGGAAAAGAGAGGGGGGUUGAAUUUUACGUGGCAAAAAACACAUAUGGUAAGAAAUGGGGUUACCGUGGAUUCGGAAAAAUAGUACGUAGUUUAGUUAUAGAUUUGGUUUGUCCUAUUAUAGAGUAA